CACCAGGAAAUUAUUUUCAAAUAACUUUAUUGGAAUAGGUUAGCAUUACAGACACACAAGGCAUGCAACAAACUUGGGCAAAAUAAAAGUACAAUUGGUUAUAAGAAAGCAUAACAAAGAAUUGUCCACUGUAAUGGUCUUGGUCAUACGGAGAUUGUUACACCAUCAGUCACAGAUAUGUAUUCCUUCAAUGCAGAGUCUAGGAAUUCGUCCACAAUGGACUAUAAUGCGAGAAAUCCCAUCAAAUAGAGUCACUGUAAUACACUUUGAGACAUGUUCAUAUUUCUUUUUGAUGAUGGUAUGCCAUUUUUACUCAGAGAACUUAUGUAAGGACAAAACACUUGCUUAAGUAACAUAACUGAUGAAUGAUUCAUGAUGAAGAAGAAACGUGUUGCUGUAAAUUAAUUUCCUCAUAGGAGACUUGAUUGAGGAUUCAAAGGUCUGGACACAGGCAAGUAGAUUAACCUACCCAACAGCAUAUGCAUUAGUUGGAAUAAGCACAACUUUCAACAACAGCAUUUUACAGGAGUGAAAUAUAGCAUAGACAUACAGUAAAUACUUUGGUAAUAUUCAAAAACUCUAUAAUAGUAGUAGCAUAAAACACAGACAGUGGUCGUUUUUCUUCAAAAUGCGUACUUUCUUAUUAUUUUUUUUAAUAUGAAGUUUAAUACAUUCGCCUCAAACGAUUUUCAAGUUACAGUAGACGAUGAACAUGUGACGGUGACAGGCGGAAGAACAACUUCCGCCCUCCUCGUGGUUUCCUGGGCAAUUACCAGGAAGUACCAUGUAGGCCAGCCAAUCAGCUGCUGAAGUAAGUUUUUACGUGAAUUCGCAGGUACAGUCUUGCCAAAAGGAUCACUUCGCAGAAGUUUGAUAGUGUAAUGGAUUGAAUUAAACCAGUGCCAAGUUAGAGGGCUUUUCAGUAUUUAAUUCCUAAGCAUGUCUACCAGCCUAAAAAACUAAUUUCGAGAUCGUCGGUGUGGUUAAGCUGUCAUGUGAUUUUAAAACAUGACGCCUGUUGUUGCUGGUCUUCAGAAAAGUUCCCGAAAGCUUCGUUUGUCGUAGAAGUUCUGUUAUUUUAGCAUUCGUGGGGAAGAGAUUCUGUGUUGGCUUUCAGAUGGAAGUAAAUCGUCUGGACUUCUACAUCGGUCUCUCUCUGGCUGUGAGCUCCAGUGUUUUUAUCGGUGGGAGUUUUAUCCUGAAGAAGAAAGGCCUGCUGCGUUUGGCCGGCAAAGGUUCAAUGCGAGCAGGUCAAGGGGGGUAUGCUUACCUGAAGGAAUGGCUGUGGUGGGCAGGACUAAUUUCAAUGGGAGCUGGAGAGGCUGCUAACUUCGCAGCAUAUGCGUUUGCACCGGCCACGCUGGUGACUCCCCUUGGAGCGUUGAGUGUACUUGUAAGUGCAGUACUCUCCUCGUACUUUCUGAAUGAGAGGCUGAAUGUGCAUGGGAAGAUUGGUUGUGUGCUGUGUGUCCUGGGUUCAACAGUGAUGGUGAUCCAUGCCCCACAGGAGGAGGAGGUUGCUUCCCUCAGUGCCAUGGCUGAGAAGCUUGCAGACCCAGGUUUCAUUGUGUUUGCUGUGUGCGUUGUUGGAAGCAGCCUGGGUCUUAUCUUUGCUGUGGCUCCACGAUUUGGACAGAAGAAUGUGCUGGUCUACAUCCUGAUCUGCUCUGUGAUUGGCUCCCUCUCUGUGUCUUGUGUCAAGGGCCUGGGCAUUGGCAUUAAGGAGCUGUUUGCUGGUACAGCAGUGCUGAAGGAACCCCUGUUCUGGGCGUUAGUCAUCUGCCUGGUAAUCUGUGUCAGCAUUCAAAUCAGUUACCUGAACAAAGCCCUCGACAUCUUUAACACCUCCAUAGUCACUCCCAUCUAUUACGUCUUUUUCACCACCUCUGUCAUGGCCUGCUCAGCCAUCCUCUUUAAGGAAUGGUUGAGAAUGACCGUCGAUGGAGUAGUGGGAACGAUUAGCGGGUUCCUCACGAUCAUUUUAGGAAUCUUCCUCCUCCAUGCCUUCAAAGACAUUACAUUUAGCUGGGAUUCCCUCCCACUCUACCUGAGGAAGGGUCCUCAGGGAUUUCCCUGGGCGCAUCAGCCUUACAUGGCUCUUCCUAGCCACGACAUGCAAGUCGAAGAGGAGAUGAAGCAGCCCAGAGAAGGAGGCUCGAAGGAGUGCUGGAGUAUGCAUUAGAUAGCUUCUUAAGGAGGACCGGUAUUCUUGUCAGUACUUCAGAAAAAAUCCUUAUUGUUACUCCAAAGCUUUAAUGCACAUCACAGCUUUACAGUGUGACUAGUUCGUCAAGUUUAUUUUACACAAUGCAGUAUGCACUGGAUGAACAAAGUUGUUAGUAAGCAGAAUGUUCCUGUCAGCACAGUGGAUUUCAUUUAGUUUUUAUCUUGGUUGCACAUGAUGUUGAAACAGGACAGAUUUCUAAUACUAUAUUAUACUGUAUAGUAUAAUGUGAAUGUCAGUUGCUCUGCCGUGCACAUUGUUGUUUUGUUUUUUGUUUUUACAGUAUAUUAAGUUUUAAAACUUAGAUAUGGGUGGAUGGCUGAAAUGUAUAAAUUGCAUUUAUUUCACUCCUGUGAAGCACACUUUGAAAUUGUGUUGUUGUUGUUGUGUCAGAUGAAGAAUAUUAUGGCUAAUGACGUCCAAAGCUUCAAAUAUCACUGCUGCUUUAGUUAGAUGAGUUUUGAAAGUUUUACAGUUAAACUAUGUGGUUAGCACACUAGUGGGAUAAGAAGAGAAUACAUAAUUAUGAUAACAUUUCCUCAUGAUACGAACCAAUGACCAAUUGUAAUUUGCUCAUUUAAUUCCCACAGUGGCACUCAGACUAAACCGCCAAAAAGGUACGUUUGUGUUUCCUGCAAUUAUAUUUUAUGUCUAGGCUUUUUACUGUAACCUGUUUCACAAUAAUAUCUGUAUUUAAUGCAGCCAUUUUCAACAGGAGUAUGUAGAUUUAAUGACAUGCAGGCUUCUUGGACUUUACACAAAACUAAAAUGAUUAUAUAAUUAAUUGCUUCAUCUGCCCAUCACUAAAAUUAGUUGAACAUUAAAUAAGCAAGACUGUUUCUUCUGUUACUAAAAACAAUCUUAUUUAUAGUUUUGCACUUUUAACCUUUGCAUAUAUUGUACAAAUGUAUGACUUUACCACCAUUGUGAAGGCACAAGAUUUCGCUUGCUCUGAAUGCAUUUCAGUUAUCUGCUGUUGAACAAGUAUGACUAAUCCCAUGUACUGUAAUGCCUCCGUGUUAUUUACAAAGGGCGCCAAAGAAUGUUUUUGUUUAAAUUUACUCUCAACAUGUGCCAAUUUGUAACAUAUAUUAAAUGUAACUUUUACUUGUUGUUGUAAUGCUGAUUAAAGCAUAACUGCAAUGUUACUUAACGACA